AACACCAGUUUAAUGCUCGCGAAAGUGAUUGGGGUUUCACAUCUUUUAUGCCUCUUAGUGAACUGUACGAUCCUGGCAGAGGCUAUCUUGCGAAUGAUACAUGUAUAAUUGAAGCCGAGGUUGCUGUUCGUAGGGUUGUUGAUUACUGGGCAUAUGACUCAAAGAAGGAGACUGGUUUUGUGGGCCUGAAAAACCAAGGAGCAACUUGUUACAUGAACUCUCUCCUCCAGACCCUAUAUCACAUACCUUACUUCAGGAAGGCCGUGUAUCACAUGCCCACAACUGAGAAUGAUUUACCAUCUGCAAGCAUUCCUUUGGCUCUGCAGAGUUUAUUUUAUAAGCUCCAGUAUAAUGAUAGUAGUGUUGCAACAAAUUGGUUAAAAUGA